UUAGGAACAUCAAACGAUGGAAAACUAGUUGAUUACGUGCUUAUGAAAAAUGUCGCUCGAAUCAGUGACAGUGCUUUUGUUUACUCGGAUUCGGUCAUUCAUCAUCAAUCAUCAAUCCAUUCAUAAAGAAGAAGGAUAAAAAUAGUAGCGUAAAAUUUAAUUUAUGAAUCGAUUCGAACCAUAGCUUUGCCAGAAAAUAAAUUGCAGGAUGCCGACCACGAACAAGGCAGGUCAAGCUUCCGAUGACGACGAUGACUUCUUCAAGCCAACCUCCAAUUCCACUUUGGCAAAAAUAUUCGGCAUUUCGAAGAGUGAUGCGUCUGCUGCCGUGAGCAAGAAAUCCCCAGAUCGUGAAUCCAGCAAGGUGAUGCCAAGCAGCAGUAAGGUAUCCGAUCGCUAUGGGACAUCUUCGUUUCGGUACGUCCCGCCAUCGCAACAGGGAGCUGUGGAUUCCACAACGGACGGUGGGGGUGCUGAACAUUCGGAGAAUCAAGCUUCAUCGGAAUGGAACCUAGCGCAAGCCAGUGUGGUAACUGCCUACAAGCUUGUCGACAAUGAAAACACAGCGCAAGGAAAGCUAGGGUUGGCAUUGCUUCGUUCCGGAUUGGAAUUCAGAAUAUUGAUCUAUCGCACCAAGACGGACGCGCUGGCAACCCUCAAUUUAGCUGCAACGACUAAACUGUUUCUUAAAAAUGGAUACCUUCAAUUCCGAAGCGAUGACGACGCUUUCUGGAGUGUUCUGUUUGAAAAUUCCGCUGAGCGAGACCGCUUACUCGCCACAAUUCAGGGCGUAUGCAUUUUGGAACAGGAACAACGACCACCGGAGCAUCGCGUUCCACCGAUUCCCGCAUCUAGAACUAUCCCAAUCGUGGAGGAGCCGGAUUCCGACGCAGAAAAAGGAAAAGCUAGUCUUAUUUCGCGGAUGGCCCGAGUAGGACAACCCAUUCUGCCUCAGAGUAAGCCCAUGUCUACUACGGAGGUCAGCGAUUCUUCCGAUACGGAUGCCCGUUUCGAAACCAUUCCUCGUCCUAACAUUCCUCCCCAUCGACGACCCGGUGGCAAUGGUGGCAUUGCGAAAUUGCAAUCACCAACGAUGGGGAUGCAGAUGAUCCCAUCGGCCGCGAAUGCCCUCACAACUGCCAUAGCUGGACAAAACUUGCUCCACACGGCUACCGAUGUGAACUUUAAUCUGUUCAUGACGGAAAGCCGAAUGCAAGGCACUGAAGUGCGUAUGAAUUUAUCUAAACUCGAAUCGAAGCUGGAUCGUGUCUUGGACAAAAUAGAUCUGGUAAAUUUGAACAGUGGCGGGGAAGGAAAAACUAGCAUCGACAAGGAUGAAGACAUAUUGGCAUUGGAAGAGAAAAUUUUGGAGUUGAAGAAGGAAAACCAUGCUUUGAAGGGAAAAUUACGUUCACUGGAAGCCGAAGUACAUUCACGAAAUGAGGACGUGCAUCUCAAGCAACAGUUGGCUGAUUCAGAAAAACGUAACGCAGAAUUUCAGGAAACAAUAACAUCUCUUCAAAAAGAUAUCGAAGCUAGUCGUGAUAAAAGCGAAAACGAUCUCAGAGAACUGGAUAAAAUUAGGAAGGAGCUAGAAACCACCAAACAAUUACUGCAUGAUAAUUCCAAAGAAUUUGAGUCACUGUCUAAUCAGCUCAACGAAUCGCAUGAUAAGCAAGCAACGCUGUCAGAGGAAAAUUCACAGCUGGUGAAACAAAGAGAGGAAUGCCAAACAACGACCAAGAGCAUGGAACAGGAACUGAAAACGUGGAAGGAAAAAGCUGCCCGAUCUGAAUUGGAAAUGGAAGAGCUGAUCAAAGCCAUAAUGAACAAUUGUUUCCAAAGGAUGUGUGAUCAAAUUAGCGAUGCUAGAACCCUCAAGAUUAUAGGUCAAACCAUCAAACACGAAACUAAAGCCGCAUUGGCUCGAAGACAAAAGGAAUGAACGAUUUAAAGCACUAUUAGAAAUGUUUUAAAAAGUGAGAAA